UAUAAAUAAGUGCAGCUUUUCUACAGCUAUUGCAUAUGUACGUGCUGACGUGCUUUUAAAAAGAUAAUGGCAACAUGCUCUUAAUAGCUGGGAGGAGAUUCUUUCUCAGAGUGACGAGAGGGUUGGGAGAUGAGUCCUGUUUCAGAACUGUAAUGUGUAAAGCUUUGAGAGACACUGGGAGAAGUAAGGAGGGGAAAGAAAGGAAUGAAAUCUAUUUCCUUAGCCUUUGAGCUUUUGCUGGCUAUGUGACACGAGGCUUGGAAGCACUGAAGUGCAAGUGGAGCUACUGUGAAGUCAAAGUGCUGUGGGUGCAAUUCUUCUUUCCUUUUGCAAGCUUCCCCUCAUCUCCUCCAGUCAACACAGCAAGUAAGGUGUGACUCACUUGCUCACCUGCCAAAUUAAAAGCUUGGAGUGAAGAACUCUUCAAGCUGGCUGGCCCUUCUAAUCAGCGGGCCUGCUUGAGUUGAUGGCCACUGUGGGGAAGAUCUGUUAUUACACUAUGAUGGCUGGAAUAUCAGAAGUUGGGGAAUUAUCCUUGGAGCCUUUGGUCAUGUGCAAACUGUGCCUAUGUGAAUAUUCUCUGGAUAAGAUGACAACUCUACAAGACUGCAGCUGCAUCUUUUGUACCUCGUGCCUAAAACAGUACAUGCAGCUGGCCAUCCGUGAAGCAUGUGGCUCUCCCAUCACUUGUCCUGACAUGGUGUGCUUAAACCAUGGGACUCUGCAAGAAACAGAGAUCUCCAGUUUGGUGCCUGUUGAUCAAUUUCAUUUAUAUCAGCGACUGAAAUUUGAGAGAGAAGUCCACUUGGAUCCGCUAAGGACCUGGUGCCCCUCUGCUGACUGCCAGACUGUGUGCCAAAUCGAACCAAGUGACUCUGGACUACCAGUGCCUGUAAACUGCCCGGCUUGCCAUUUGACAUUUUGUUCAUCAUGCAAAGAACCUUGGCAUAUGGAGAGAUCGUGUUUGGAAAGCCAUCUUAUUGUGGUACCAAAUGAACAAGGAUCACUUAUCAAGACUGACACAGAAGCACCAAUUAAACAGUGCCCAGUCUGCCGAAUCUAUAUUGAGCGAAAUGAAGGCUGUGCUCAAAUGAUGUGUAAGAAUUGCAAGCAUACAUUUUGCUGGUACUGUCUACAGAACUUGGAUAAUGAUAUCUUCUUAAGACAUUACGACAAGGGCCCAUGCCGAAACAAAUUGGGCCACUCUCGUGCAUCGGUUAUGUGGAACAGAACACAGGUUGUUGGGAUUCUUGUGGGCCUUGGCAUCAUUGCCCUGGUGACAUCUCCCUUGUUGCUGUUAGCCUCACCAUGCAUUAUCUGUUGUGUCUGCAAAUCCUGCCGAGGCAAGAAAAAAAAACACGACCCGCCAACAACCUAGAGUUUUCUGCCUGUCCAGUGUGAAUGUCUACUUAGCACAUGCAAGGGAAAGACAUAAAAACUGAUUUCUGGCACCAGUGCUUAUCAAACAAUUUUUCCUCUUUGCCAAUUUUUGUGCAAAAAAGUGCCUACAUUUCACAGGACACUAUAUUAUUUGCAAGUUGCUGUUCAGCAAUGGACUGGGUAGCUGUAUGUGCUGGAUCCAGUCCUUUUAUUUUUUUUUAAAGAAAGAGGGCUUGCAAAAUAUUUUAAGGUUCUUCAAAUUAACCUAACUCCUAAAUCUGCUUGAAGUCAGCAGAUGGAGUCAUCCUCCUUCCCCAAGACUCUGAAUGUAUAUAUAUAUUUGAGCACUUUAAUUUAUCAUCCUCUGAAGUGGUCUUACAUUUAAAGUAUAGGAAUACAGGUGAGCUAUUUAGACCUAUUUUACAAACUCUUUAGAUGGUGUAAAUCUGUUGCUAUCAACUGUUUGUUUUUUGUCAUUAAUGUUUUUGUUUACUCUGAUAGGAAAAAUUGUAUUAAAUAAUAUGUUUUGGAUCUUGACAAUAUGCAUUUGUUAAAAACUCCAUUAAAAGUCUGUACCAUCAACAAAAAA